CCACAUGUUGUUGCCCACGAAACCCGGCAGACAACUACCUUGGCUUGCUUGGACAACCUCCAUCCGUCUUUUUUGUACAAUAAUUCCAUCCUAGCUACCUUACCUAUUUGAGUAAGCAACAGUAUACGCAACUCCAAAAGCUCAUUGACAGUAAAUACAUCAAGACGCUUGCAACCCCCAUCGAAGGUUACGCGUGAGCAUGAUGGAGAUGGACAGGAACGACAUAGCGCGAAAGAAGGAGUCGCCAUUCCUGCUAAAGCUAUUCUACCGCACUGGAGCGUUUCACAGGCCAGAUGAGUUUUCGCACCACACACUACCGCCACACAUCGACAUACACACAUGGCCGACAGCCACCCUCGCCGAGCUCUCAUACCACAUAGCCAACCACAGCCGCCAAAAGCCCAGCCUCCUCCCCGAGCCAGCAGUUGGCACGCGCAUCGCGUUCCGGCUCGUUUAUCGCGAUCCAAACAGCCGGGCACUGCACCAGUUCGUCGUCAAGGAUCUCGGCAGCCUGGUUCUAGGCGGCGAAGAUGUGGCGGAUUUGAACGACGCAGAUAAUGUGAACAUCGACGACGAUCUGCGACUACCAGAAUCGCCCGACGCACACAAGACGCUGAGCGAUGCCAAGUUCAUCGUCGGAGACUACCUCAGCUGUGCGAUAUUGCCACCUCUGGAGGACGGAUCUGUCGCGCCUGCGGACAGCGCUCGGUCGGGACGGGGCAGCGGCGUUGGCGAGGCAAGGUGGGAUGAUGAUCCCGUGCCUUCAAGGGGUAUCAGAGGUUACGGUAUGCAGCACUCCCGCGGCGGUGGAGGCGGGGACAGGUACGGGGGCGUUGGGUGGUCAGGCAGGGGAGGGAGGUCGCGAGGAGGUCCCGGUGGCGGCGGGUUGAUUCCCAUGGGCGAGUGGCGGCGCGGUGAGAAGCUUCCAGAGGUGCCUGGUGCUGCAAGGAGUCGGGGUGGUUGGUCGAGGGAUCGCGGGAAAUACCCCUGAGCUCUGGGCGUUUGAUAUUUGGUCAUUUGUGUGGUUGCGACUGCUUUUGUUUGCCUUGAUGAUACCCUCUGCAACCCCCAAGUCCAUGACCUCAUUUCAUGGCAAUAGUAGCCACCGUCCUUUCUUUAUGCUCGCAAUCUGAGGUACCCUAUUGUUAGCAGCUUGCUUCAGAGAUUCGUCUCCUGUUGAUUUUUCGAAUUCAAGUAAUAGUGCCAAAUAUCAAAGUAGCAAGUUGCCGGUCGCCUUGUCACCAUCAACCGCCAC